GGAGAGACUGUGGAGUGAAGUAUCACUGUAUUUUUUUUUUACGCUACUUUAAAAACAACUCACUCAGAUUCCAAAAGAACUUUGCAACUCCUAUUUUUCACUUGAUUUGACCUCAGAACAGCAAAAAGUCUCGGCCUUUCUUAGCGGGAAGAUCCAAAGCGCUGAUUUUUUUUGCUAGUGAGCAGAGCAAGAGUGUCAGUUUCGCUGCCGUUAAAUGAUUUUUAGUUCAAAAGAUUGAAGACCCUUUUGGCCUUGUGCGGUAAUCCGGUCUCUCAUUUCAUUUGAGUUGGAUUUUUAAAUGUUUUGUUUAUGAAUCUCGUUGUUUCGGGUCCUCAUUGGUGUUAUUAACGUUAAUUUGGUUUGAUUUGAAAUGGUAUUGAAGGUUCUUUUGAUGCUUCGAUUUGAACUUGUUUUGCGACGUUUAUUGUGAAUCAGAGCUUGUCUAGAUUCCCAACACAUCGUUGAGAUAAGAGAGAAAAGUUGCGUUUUUUAAGAUGAGUUGGAUGGAGAUUUUCUAGUUAUAUAAUGGUGGCAAUACUAGUUUGGUUUGAAGUCUACCAUUAUUUGUAACGAGCAUUAAGAUAUUGUUGAGAAUGUAUAAAAUGGGACAACUUAUGUAUUUUUGAACUUAAGUUAGUAAAUCAAAUAAGAAUAAUGAGACUGGUAGAUUUUUAUGUUUUUCAGCGGCAAUGAUAAUGUUAAGAUGCUGCUAGGAGCUAUUAAGUAGGUGAGAUAUUAAGAUUGGCUUGGUUUUUUCGAUUCGAUGGCAUCAUUUAGAAGAAACUUGUCUCCAGUUCCUAGCGCGGGAACUUUAUUAAAUGGGGAAGCUUUUUCGGUUGCUUCACCUUUAUCAAAGACCUCAUCAUGUACUCAGAAUCACCCUCCAGCUUCCAACGGACUGUUAUCUUCUUUGUUCAGUUCACUGGACCCCCAAGCUUCGGUUCUUGGUGUUUCCUCACCAAGACCUUCCAGAUCCCUUGAGAGGUCGAAACCAAAGGGGCAAAUAUGGAGGAGAGCUGGUUCUCAUUUCUUGAUUUGUUUUGUGGUUGGGGUUUUUGUUGGACUCACCUCAUUUGUUUCCAUGAAUUUGUCAACAAAUCUUAUAUCAAAGCAACACGCUUUCACCUUUGAGAUGGUCUCUGCUGUUGGGAAUUUUCAAAUAUACGAUGGUACAACAAGCAAUGCAGCACUGCUGAUAAAUAGUGAAAGUACCAAGCGUAAUGCAACGGUAGAAUCACAAGUGAAGAAACUUGAAUCAAUUGAUGUUUUAUCUAAUGAUGACUCUGCAAAUCAGUCAAUUCCUCAAGAUUCAGCUUUGGUGUAUCGGAAACUUUUGAUAAUUGUGACCCCAACAAAUACUCAACCAUUUCAAGCUUAUUAUCUAAACCGUUUGGCGCACACAUUAUGGAUGGUCCAACCUCCUCUGUUGUGGAUAGUUGUGGAAAUGUCCUCCCAAUCUGAGGAAACAACUGACAUCCUAAGGAGAACUGGGGUUAUGUACAGGCAUCUUGUUUGCAAAAAAAAUCUAACUGAUGUGAAAGAUAGAAGAGUCUACCAAAGGAAUGUGGCUCUAUCUCAUAUUGAGAAUCAUCGUCUUGAUGGCAUUGUCUACUUUGCCGAUGAUGAUAAUGUAUAUUCUACUGAUCUUUUCGAGCAACUGAGAGAGAUCAGGCGAUUUGGAACAUGGACAGUGGCCAAACUAACAGAAAACAGAGUCAAAGCUGUCUUGGAGGGUCCCAUUUGCAAUGGAACUCAAGUCAUUGGAUGGCAUAUAAAUGAACCAAGUAGGAGGUCUCGGAGAUUCCAUGCUGAAAUGUCAGGGUUUGCCUUCAAUAGUACUAUUCUCUGGGAUCCAAAGCAAUGGCACCGACCUACCCUUGAACCUAUUCGGCAGAUUGAUACAACUAAGGAUGGGUUUCAAGCAAGCACAUUUAUUGAACAAAUUGUGGAAGAUGAAAGCCAAAUGGAGGGCUUGCUGGAGAACUGCUCCAGAAUCAUGGUUUGGCUUCUUCCUUCUGAGUCAUCUGACUCAUUCUAUCCUCAGAAAUGGUUCUUGAAGAAUAAUCUUGAUGUCAUUGCCCCGCUUGCGUGAAGUUCUUGAUUUGGAAGAUGUAAAUUUGUAUGGUGAAGGACAAAUCAGUCGAGCAGUGUGAUCACAGACACUUCUGAUUGUGGUUAAAACUUGUCCCAGAUUGAGGCUGGCUGAUGCCUGCUUAGAGUUCUCAUUAAUGUGAGCAUAGAGGCUGGUUCAUACACCAUUUUUUCCGAUUUCCAAAACAAUGCAAAAAAUUUGCAGACAAGAGUUAUCAUUAUUUUGCUACAAUUGCUUGAGUUAUUCAACUUGUGCAUUGAGUCGCCUCCUAUGUUCAAAGAGGUGACAUUUAAUGUGGCUAAGUUGGACAGGAUGGUCAAAAGCAAACCAUCCUAUGUUUAUGAGUUGCAUAUAAAUUAUGUAAUUUUUUUGUACGCCCUCAUUUUCAUGCUUUACUUUUCCUUUUGUGUAAAAGCAAAAGCAAUACGUUUAGUUGUUUGGUGCUCUCGGGCUUGUUCAUAUUCAUU